UGCUAGAGUUGUGACAACAAACAUUUUCAAAUGGGUUACUUGGAGUACACACCAGUGAUAUAAAAUAUUUCCAUCAAUUUACAUAUUUGGCUUGAUUGGACUUUAAUUUUUCUUAGCAACUUGCAGAGCUGUCCAUAUUAUCCUGUUCAGUACAGGAAUUGAUCAAUCAAACUGCUAUCCAAACAUGUGUUAACCAAAAAAGACUAACGAGUUAAAGAAAGGGUUGAAGUUGAAAAGAUAUUGACGGAUGUGGUUUGAUAAUCUAUUUUCGUAGGAAUCAUUCAACCAUGGAAAUGUAACCUGUAAAGUUACAUUGAGAUGAAUCACUUUUAUCACAAGAGGACAAUAUAAAGAAACGAUGAAAGGAAUUACAUGAGUUGAGCCAAAUUAGCUACUAUUAUCAUGUUUGAGCGACUUCAAAGAGAUUUGCUAAUCAUUUCAAGUGGAAUUAAUUAUACCAAGGGUCAACUAUCACUACCAGACACUCAAUGAAACUGGUUAACAUUCAUCUAUCCAACAACAAAAUGACCAACAAAAACCUUAAUCAUUUAAUUACUAUAACCUGUGGUAAAUAAGAAUGAGCGAAACAAUCAAGGAUUAUUCACAUUGCAUUGCCUUUGAUUAAAUAUCAUCAAUCAUAGCCAUCUCCACCAUCAACAGCAGCAACAAAUGACUGAUUAUCUUUAUAAAGUACGGUGGAGAGGUUAUGGGCCUGAAAAUGAUACUUGGGAACCUCAAAGUAAUUUUUUCACCUGCCAUGAUGUUAUUGAAGAGUACAAAAGUAAAAAUAAAAGCUUCAAUUCGAUUAAAUCGCUAAGAAGUCGCAAUAAAAUUGCUAAAGGUGCAGAUAAAACGCUGAAAAGGAUUAAAUCAAAUUGCCCGCCAUUUGUUAAAGCCCGCUCAAAAAAAUCAAAAUUGUUGAGUAAGAAAGCUCUUUCUCGUAGAUCUUCAACUUCAACCUGUUCUUCCCCUUCUCCUUCUCCUUCUUCGUCAUCUUCAUCUUCAUCGUCAUCGUCGUCUACCUCAUCAACCUCUACUACUUCAAUUGUUGCCCGAAUCAAAAUUAAAAAGGAACCUGAACAGCAAGAUGAGGAAUGUAAUUCUUUAAUCGAAUUGGAAAGACUAGCUGAACUGAGAGGACUCAAAAAUACUCAACCCUGUAUUAAACAAGAAUCUCAGCAACAGUUAGAUGGUGAUGAUCAACAAAAAUCCAUAUCUUCUAUUGGUUCACCGUUACCUUUACCAUUUCCCUCAUCAUCUUCAUCAUUUUCACCCUCUUCUCGAUUCAACAUUGGAUACAAUUUGAAUCAAAGAUUUGGUAAUGACUGUAAAACUCCGUUAAUUUAUGCAGCUGAAGUUGGCAACACUAAAUUAGUUGAAUUUCUUCUUGAAUCUGGAGCUGCCAAAGAUUUAAAGGAUUCCAAUGGAAAUACAGCUUUGAUUCUGGCUAGUCAAAAUGGCCAUUAUGACAUUGUCCGGAGUUUGCUGCUUCAUGGAGCCAAUUUUUCAAUAAUCAAUGAUGCUGGUUCAAAUGCAUUGAGAACCGCUAAAUUAUUUGCAAAUGAUGAAACUCAGCACAUUUUGACCAAACAUGUUUCUCAGAUUACAAUGGCAUUAGAAAAUCAAGUUAUUGAACUUCUUCGCAGUACCGCUCGGAUAAGCCACGCUCUUUUUCCCAUUCAAUGCCAUUCCACAAGUGAAAAUCUUCGAUUUCGGUUGCUGUUCAAUUUUGAUUCCAUUGAGCCAUUUCAGCCAGGAAUUGGUUUUCUUCUGUUUAUAAGUGAUUUAACUUUCAGUCUCUUCAAGCCAGUUUCAUUGAGAUUUUUCAGUCCUUCCGCCAAAGUUAAGGUCUACCUUAAUGGAACUCUUCAAAAAUCUUUAACAGAGGGUGCCAAAUUUGUCUUCUCAUUCACUCCUUUACGUCGAGGAGUUAAUGAGCUUUUGCUUACCAUUAAGGAAUCUCAAUCACGACAGUGUUUCAUCAUUUGUGCCUAUCAAGUUACCUUGAUCAACUCUAAACCCUAAUUCAAUACUGAACCAAGAAAGCAAAUUAUUGUUUAAAUUGAAUCAUUAAUUUUUAUUGAUUAUUAUUCAUCAUUAUCACUGUGUCAAGAAAUUCAAAUGUCAAGACAAUUUAAUGGCCAGAGGUCGAGAAUCAAAAUAUCACCUGGUAAUACAAUUAGCAUCAGUGAAUGAACCAAUUUUUUUAAACUUCUCCAGCUCAUCCAGAAUAACAAUUAUAUUUUGAAAAUGAAGUGGAAAAAAUUUUUGCAGCCAAUUUCAUCGAUUAUGAACAGAAAACAAAUAUUCAUUACGUCAACAAACUGAACCCAAGAUGAUACUGGUUCAUGAUUGAUCAAAGAAAGUUGCUCACAGAUGCAGACACUUUACUGGUGAAUGUUAUUUAGAUAUCAAAUUGUACAUUAGAUACCUAAAACUCAUCAUUCCUGCUAAAACAAGUUGCGCGGCCAAUUAAAGUACAACGCAAUUGAUAGACAAUUCAUUGGAACUUCACUUGAUACCUGUUCUUAUCAAAAGAUCAUCAUUUCAUAUUGAUGAAUGUUUAAUCAGUGAUAAAUGUUUUCUUUUUCGCUUAAUCAAUUUGAAUUUGUUUCUUAUACUUAUGUUUGUGUUCAUGUUUGUAAUCAACUUUAAUAAUCUCAAUGCAAAAUCAAAAAGAGAUGACACCAUGGAAACAAAGUCUAUGAUCAUUUAAUCCAUUAAAAAGUACAAUCUUACCAUUUUUACUUUAAUGUAACUCUCAAUGAUAAUUUUUAAAAUAAAUGUUUCUUUCUCUGUUCA